UGAAAUAAUUUUGAACACUCUCGUUGAAAACCUAGAGGAAAAACAUGCCAACCAUAAACCCACAACUAACCCAAUGAUCAAAUCCAACUACCAACACCAACCCACCAAACCGAGGAACAAAUAUAAAAAGUUUAUAACAAAUAUAAAAGUUGAGGAACAAGCGAGGCGAAGAUUGUGAAAAUCAGCAUUUUUAAGGGGGAAAACAGAGGGAAAAAGUGAGAGGAAAAGGGAGAAAGAAAUGGCAAGAGCAGGAGGGAUAACGAACGCCGUGAACGUAGGGAUAGCAGUCCAAGCCGAUUGGAAGAAUCGCGAAUUUAUCUCUCACAUUUCCCUCAAUGUUCGCCGCCUCUUUGAGUUUCUCCUUCAAUUCGAGGCUACGACGAAGAGCAAAUUAGCAUCACUAAACGAGAAACUCGACACCCUGGAACGUCGUUUGGAGCUUCUUGAAGUUCAAGUUGGAACUGCUUCCGCUAACCCUUCUCUUUUCACUUGCUUCAAUAUUUUAGCUGCUUAAAAAGCAUACGUUCGUAGAAAGGAGAAUUUAUGGUUGUAACCGAAACAUUAACACAAGGUUAGCCAGUUUUUCCUCCAAAAACAACGAUUCAAGUGCAAAUAAUAGUCUAAAGGAAGAGGCUGAAGCACUGCUUGACAGCUGAAAAUUCUGACUUCCACCGUGAUAGACAAAAGGAAAGUGGAUUUAAUUGUGAUGGUUGGUUAUCUCCUUAACUAGAAGAAAACCAAAAUUGUGGGCUUGACUGGAUCCUAGAUU